AUGCCAAAGUCGUCUGCAAAUACUUUCUCAGUCUGGUCACCUUUGCAGCCUGGCAACGAUCAGUCUCAUGAAUUGUCGGAGAGUGGUGUCGAUAUGAGCCAUCCAUCAUUUGGAGAAGAAACAGCAGGAAGCAAGCAUCUCGGUUCUGCUCACGCACCUCUCAUGUCCUCAAAACUCGGAAACAAGCAGCCCUCGAUCGGUGUAGACGAUGAGUCUCCAACCAUGAACAUGGACCCCUCGUCUGCCGCUGUUCAGGCCGGUAUGGAUAAGAUACUCGCAAAGCUUGCAUCCAAUGCGCAGUCCGCUGGAAAAAAGACGUCGUUACCUAGAGGGACAGCUGGAAAGGUUGACGAUAAGCAGCCUCUGCAGCCCAUGGAUCUGAUUCGUGAAGCCCGCUCUGUUAGUAGCCCUAUCCAAAGCGGCAACCAGGAUCAGUCAAUCUUUACCAGGGUUACUGCAAAUCAAGCCACGAUGAUGUCUACUCAAGGUCCCAGCAUGAACAACAACAACAACAACAAUGUGACCCCUGGGAAUAACGGGGUUGAUGCUGAUGAAAUGCUUCGUUUGCAGCGAGAACUGAUUGCAGCCAAUUCACGUAUUGCACAGCAAGAGCAGGAAUUGGCAGAGACCCGAGUCAUCAAACAUACUUUGGAUCAAGCUCUUGGGCCACCAUCUGAAGCUGAAUUCGUUGACCGCGAAACAAGUCAGCAGAACGUCCGAGACGUUCAGGCUGUUUUCCAUACGUCUGCAAAGGGCUUUAACCAAGAACAUGAUCCUUGGAUGCAAGAAGAUGCCACUUCGGAAAUGUCUGAAUCUUUCUCGGCUGGGGCGUACAAUGCAAACCGACACUUGUGGGGGUUUCCCUCCCAAACAGCGUUUGGAAUUCAAGGCGCCGAAAAGGCCUAUCAUGGUCCCUCCCCAGUAGUGCAAAGUGUUCAAGACCCUGUCUCUAGUCCCUGGGCAGCUUCGGCCACUAACACAGGCAUGACUGGAUCGGCUGUCCCUCCACAGCAGCGAAUCUUUUCAGGCCCUUCUGCUGCUCUAGAUGGAAGAUUUGCGCCCGAACAAUCUUAUGUGGGUGGCAUUAGCCUUGGUCCGCGACGCUCCGUUUCACAGAUGAAUCGAGCACCAGCCUAUUUCCAACCAAUGCCGUCAGCGUGGGCAGCGUUCAACACCGCAGUGACAAACAACGCCGCUACUAAGGCUCCGCUUAGUCCUACCUUCAAUGCCUAUCAGCAAGUUGGACUUGUUCCGAUCCCUCAAUACCAGCCCCGACCUAUAGGCACUCCUCUUUCUCCGACAGCUGCCGAGUUCACCUCUAGUAGCUCAGGCCCGGCCCCCUGGCAUGGAACAUCUACUGGAGGGGUCUCGUCUCCAACAUAUGUCAUGCCAAUGGAGCCGAUCAACUAUCGACGCUUGCUUGACAAGAAUGUUUCUUGCGACUGGAAGUACAUCGUGGAUAAAAUUGUUAGCAACAGCGACCAACAGGCUUCCAUAUUCCUCCAGCAAAAGCUCAAGGUAGGAACAGCCGAGCAAAAGUACGACAUCAUUGAGGCCAUUGUGAGCCAGGCUUAUCCGUUGAUGGUCAACCGUUUUGGAAACUUCUUGGUUCAGCGCUGCUUUGAGCAUGGAACUCCGGAGCAGGUCAUUGCAAUCGCCAAUUCUAUCAAAGGCAAUACCCUGAGUCUUAGCAUGGACGCUUUCGGAUGCCAUGUUAUUCAGAAAGCAUUCGAUUGUGUUCCCGAAGAGUACAAGGCUAUGAUGGUUCACGAACUACUGCGACGCAUACCCGAGACCGUCAUCCAUCGCUACGCAUGCCACGUUUGGCAAAAGCUCUUCGAGUUGAGAUGGAACAACGAACCACCUCAGAUUAUGACCAAGGUCAACGAGGCGCUUCGUGGAAUGUGGCACGAGGUAGCUUUAGGGGAAACCGGAAGCCUUGUGGUUCAGAACAUCUUUGAGAAUUGCGUCGAGGAAGAAAAGAGGCCCGCCAUUGAAGAGGUCCUAGCAAAUAUCGACCUUCUGUCCCAUGGCCAAUUUGGAAAUUGGUGCAUCCAACACAUCUGUGAACAUGGUGCCCCCCGUGACAAGAAUCGUGCAAUCGAGCAUAUACUCCAGUGGUGUGCGGACUAUAGCAUGGACCAGUUCGCGUCGAAAGUCGUCGAAAAGUGCUUGAAGAUUGGAGGAUCGGAGUUUCUGGAUCGUUAUUUGGCUCGCGUCUGCACUGGACGUGCAGAUCGCCCUCGUAUGCCUCUGAUCGACAUUGCCGGUGAUCAGUAUGGUAACUACCUGAUACAAUGGAUCCUGGGCAAUGCUGCGCCGCAUCAGCGUGAGCUGGUGGCAACCCAUAUCAGGAAGCAUAUGGUGUCUUUGCGUGGCUCAAAGUUUGGUUCUCGAGUUGCAAUGUUGUGCUGCAACCCUUCCCUCGCGACUCGACCCGGCCCCGGUGCAGGCGUCCAGGUGAACCGUUUUGGACCGACAAACGACGAUCGCUUGCAGGUUGCUGGUAAUUCUGGUAACAGAUUCAGUCGUGGUAAUCACUGGACUCAGAACUACCCCCCGUUUCGUUGAGUUCUCGACACCGUUCACUUCUGAUACGUCUUGUCGGGAUGAGAGCAGCCAGAUUUAUCGAUAUGCAUGAUUAAUGACCAGAUUCUUAUGCGAAUCCUCUUCGUUCAUUUGGUUUGACGCACGGAAGAUGUUCUUUCAACUUGUCAACCUUUAGUGUG